AUGUCUUCCGUAGCAUCGGCUUCGCCCGUCCCCUUCUUUCGAGAGAAGCUGAUCCGCCCACGAGACUCGUCAGUCUUCCAGUCCGUCCGAGAAGGACCCCGGCUUGCUGCGAAACGGUCAGGCGUCACUUGGAGAUUAGGAUGCCUUGAGAACUCCCCUACUCUUGGUAAGCAGAAGCUGGUCCAUGUUUGGCUCGGGAGUGCUAACAACCUGGAUAGAUUGCUGCUACCAAUCCCCGAUCAAAUCCUCCGAUAUCUACUUGAUAAAAACACGGAUCCGGACAUGUCGUAUACUGCCGCGAUGAAUAUUCAGAAAGAGAAAGCCCUCCGAUUACUUUUUGCCUCGUGGAUGACAAUGAAGAAGGAGAUGAAGCAGUUUCAGUGGCUAAAGGUUGCAGGAAGCUCUCGCUGGAAGCCGGGGCAGACCCAAUAG